ACGAAUGUAACGGACCAAAUCAGGUGUAUAAUUACUGUGGUCCCGCUUGUGAAGUAACUUGUGCCAAUCGGCUUAACCCACCCAGGAUUUGCAUAAUGCUAUGUAAACCUGGUUGCUUCUGCAUUCCUGGCUACUUUAAGAACAGUGCAGGAAUCUGUGUCCCUGAAAAAGAGUGUGAUAUAGGAAAAUGUUACAGACCCAAUGAAACAUAUAACAGCUGUGGUAGCUACUGUCCACUGACAUGUGCCAACCAAUUAAGCCCACCCAAGGUAUGCAUUAAAGGAUGUAACCCCGGGUGCUUCUGCAAUGCUGGCUACCUAAGGAACAGUGCAGGAAACUGUGUCCUCAAAAGAAACUGUGAUAAGUAUUACUGAUAGAGGUAUUAACAAAUGAUAAACGAAUAAAGUGCUGUGAUUCCAAAUUGUAUUCAGACUGUAUAUGUAUCUUAUAAGCUGCUCUCUUAAUAAAACAUUUGAUGUAUGUUA